UUUGCAGCUUUCAGUUCUAAGUCCAUGGCCAGGCAAUGUACAGUAUGUCUACAAACAGAAGAAGUCCCCUCUCGAGAACUGAGACUGUCAGGUUAUCUCCAGUCAAGUUAAUAAAUAAUCUUCACUCAAGAUAAAGGAAAUAGGAAAUACACGUAUCAGACCGCCAUGAGGCCAUUGACUGGGAGAGAUAAUGUUAUGGUAAGACAGGUGAUGGAGACACCAAUGGCUGUUGAGGAUCUACAGAGAAGGAGGGAAGUUGAGUCUAGAGAGAACUUGCACUCUGGAGAGGACUCCAUGGAGGAGGCACAUUCUGUGGAGAGCAGCCUAAUGGCAGCACUAACCCACCAUGAGAGAAGCAUGUACGGUGCCGGAUUUGCGGCCCAAGCACACAUCACUGAGGUAGUAAGCCCCGUGGAGAGGUGUGUGGAAUAUACCUUUGUCCAGGUGCAGGGGAACAUGGACAGUGUGGGGCUGCUCUUUGAGGAGUGCAUCAAGAAGGUGGGCCAUCUAGAAAGUCAAAGGGAUGAAUUGAUACUGGAGCUGUUGCAGCUAGAGCAGCCCAUGCUGCAAGCUACUGUGGCCUUGAGGGGACAGUUGUUAGAGGCACGUAGAGUUCUCACCAGUGUCCAGUUGGAGUUUAUUCAUCUGCAAAUAGAGGUGGGACAAGUGAAGAGUAAGCUGUUUGUCACAGCCAGGGACUGUAUCCAGAGCCAGCUAGCGCUGGCUGCACAGCAGUAUGAGGUGGCCCAGGCUGCAAUCACACAGGAGGAGCUCCAGGCCCACGUCCAGAAUCUUACCGAGGAGGUAUCCCAGCUUCAGGAAGCCCAGCACAACCAGCUGAACACCCUAAAGGACCGGGCCAGACAACCAUCCCGUCCCCGGGCUAUGAGCGAUGUCACUCACUGCCGACGUGCAUCCCUGGACCUGCAGAAGCGCCUCAGUGGCAGCAUGAGGAAUCUAGAAGGCUGGUAUGAGCCACGCCUGCUAGCCCUCCUCCGGAGGAGGCAGGCUGGGAAGGAGACCCUGAGAAGGAGCAGGGAUGUGGGCCGAGACCUUAAGGCCAGACUGGGGCCCCUGAAGGAGCAGACCCAGAGGCUGGAGCUGCAGAGAGCUUGUCUAGAGGAGAGGAUUGCUCUGAUGGAGUGGGAGAGGGUGGAGAGAGUGGCACAGUAUAAGGAGACUGUGGACUCGCUUGAGGAGACCAUGAGGAAUCUGAAGUUGGAGCUGUGCAUUCAGAAAAAGGCAAACAGACAAUUGGAAGAAUUGAAGAAGGGACUUUUGAGUGAGCUGAACUAUGACAGGGGCUGUAUUGAAGUGAGCGAAACAACUGCUGAAAGGGAGUCCUAACUUUUCCAUACUUAUCAAUGGAAGUAGAACAAUUGAAAAAAUAUCCAGAACCCCUCAGACCAAACAUGUUUUACUGUGUUUGUGAGUAUCCUUGAUGGUGCAUUUAGCCAAUGUCACCUAUUGGUAUACUUAAUCUGCUCUUAGUGCAUCAACAAUGGCGUUAUGACAGUUGACCUCAACUAUGAGAGCAGCCUGUCUUAACUGUACAUUUAAGGUCUACCGUAAAUACAUUUUUAUUAUGAAUACACUUACAAAACAUGGGAAUCCGAUGCAGCAUACAAAGAAAACAGACACAUAGGGAUGAUAUACAUACAGCUUGAAAGCUGAUUGUGGAAAUCUACAAUUCAGAUAUCAUGGGAAUAAAAUCUAUGUACAAUUUCUUAUAAAAUGAAACUGGAAAUUAGAUUAGUUAGUUAGUUUAAAUGACUCAUGUUUCUAAGAAUAUGAGCAUAAUUUAACAUGAAAGAAAUAAUAAUUGGGUGCCUACUCAACUGUGGUGCUUGUCCCCCUGGUAAACCAUAUCAAACAGUAGGAUCCUUUCUUAUAUAAAUAUAUGCAAAACCUUGAUGCCAUGAUAGUGAAACAAGCACUUAAUGUUUCCCUCUACAAAACUGCAAAAGAACAACUGACUCUUAUGCAUAAAAAAAAAGACAUUUGAAUGUUGUUUUGAGGAUGUGAUCAAGGGAGGGGUGUUGUGUGAUUGACAGAUGUCACUCAUGCCUGGACCUCAGUGUCUGCUGCUCCCUCUGGGUCCUCGUCAUUGUAGAUGUUCUCAGCCUUAAAAGAUGGAAAGACAUUCUUAGUACUCCUCCUUAGAAAUCAUUGUGAUUCUACAUAUUACAGUAGAACACUUCUGCCAAGCUUUCAAAACUUACUUAUGCCUCAUGAAAUGAAUAAAUAUGAACAGAAUACAUUUAACUAUUCUCUAUAGCCUCCCACUGUAUGACAGAGCCCAGUCUGUCCUGGGGUCUCACCAUCUGCCAAACUUGCAUGAUGUUGUCCUCGGACACAGAGCAGAUGACCCAGGGUUCGUUGGGGUUCCAUGAGAAGUCAGAGAUCUUAGCCGUGUGACCGCCAUGAAUGAACAGCAGUUCAGGUGGACCAUCCUCAGCAUCCUCUGGCGACUGCUCCUCCCCGAUUUUACUGAGGUCCCACACAUUGAGUCGCCUGUCUGUGCCACUGGAGGCGAGGAUGGUUUCAUUAUGAGGAGACCACUGGACCUAAAGGGAGGAAAGGAGGUGAGAUGGGUUUGAAGAGGCCUAGUAAUAGAUACAAAAUCUGGUUCAAAACAUACAGCUUUUGCAAAACAAACUUCAUAGGGAAUAAUUGACAGCUUAUUGACUUAACAUACCUGGAAGAUCUCAUCUUUGUGAGACUCAAACGAAUGCAGCUUCAGUUUCAGGUUCCUCAGGUCCCAAAGGGCUACAGUCUGAAAUGGGAGAACCAAUCAAUUACAACCACCACCACAACAACCAGUUAGAUCAACACUACAUUAUGAAAGAUAAUCUUGGAAGAAUUAAGAGCAGUAAGAGAUCCAGACUACCUUGUCUGCUGAGCCCGAGGCCAGGAUGAACUCGCUGUAAGGGUUGAAGGACAGACAGUUGACCUCUGCAGUGUGGGCGUCCACAGCAUGGCUAGGUUUGGACGUGUUGUUGGAUCGCGUGUCCCAACUGCACAGUAAACAAUGUUAUUGUUCAAUUAGCAACACCAAACAAUGCGGAUGGUGCAACUAAUUUUAGUCACACGAGCUUAGUAAAUUGUUUUUCUAUUCAAAUCCAUUAUCCACUGCGGGAGUUGCUCAUCUCAGGGAGCCUUACAUCAUGAGUUUCUGGUCAUCAGCUACAGAUCCAAAGAGUGACUCAUGCAGUAGAUGCCAGGAGACGUCCUCCACUACAGCUGUGUGUCCAGUAAAGAUAGUCUUUGCAUCUACAACCUUUCCCUCCUUAGGAACGGCACUGAUGUCCCACAUACAGAUAGUCUGCAGACAGAUGGGAAACAAGGGAAGGUGAGAGGAAAGACAUGGAGGGAAGAAGACUAUUCAAGCACAUGCUUUGGGUCAAGUGACAAGUCACUGACAUGGUCAUCAGAAGCACUGAGGAGGCAGCCACUCAGGUUGGGGUUCCAGGAGAGACCGUAGCCCUCUUUCUGGUGUCCCCUCAAACGCAGAUCUGGGGUACACUCUCCAGAUGGAUCUGUAAUACAGAGGUAAUAGCAUGUUAUUUCAAAAUAAAUGAGAAAGGAAGACUGGGACUUCCUGACCAACCUCUAAAUACCCACCUGGUUUGGAGGGAUGUUUGGUGUAGUCAAAGACGAGCACGUCGCUGGUUGGGGUUUUGGUGGCAAUGAUGCAGGGGUUCUGGGGCAUGUGGCGGGCUCUGUUCACCUCUCCCUCAUGGUUGAUCUUGAUUUCAAUCUCUAUCUUACCACUGACUGAGCCAAAGCCUCCAAACUCUGAAGGGAGAGAGGCAGAGAAAUUAGCUACAGGGAUAAGGACCAACAUAUAUCACCAGUUAAAAUAUUUUGAAUGAUCCAAAGACUGAAAACAUGCAGAAAGGUUGUAAUUGAUGCAAAAACAUUGUCCCUCACCACCUUUCUCACUGUCAUAGUGAGAGGCAUCAAACUGGGCAUCGUCAUUAGGCAGUUGCACGCUGGCGAUGACCAGGUGAUUCUGUUCAUCUGAGGUGUGUGUGCCAAGAACCAACCUGUGUACGCUGAAAUCCUUCCCUUCAGGUCUAAAAGGAUAGAAAGAAAUAUGUUACAAGACAAAUAGGUCCAUUUAAAUAAACACUUUUGUCAUAUGUAGUAGGGGGCAUUAGCUAGAAACUCAAUGUGGUACAUACAAGGAUUAUUCUUUGCAACAACACAUAUGGAGACUGAAAACAAUCUUCCUGAAGAAACCUUACCACUCCCAGUAAUGUUGCAAAGGCAGGCUAAUCUUUGAUCGGCACAAGUAUCUGGUAUUCUUGGGAAUUAUAGCUAGAUAUGCUGGGAUACCAUAAAAAAAAUGGACAUGGGGUGUAAAAAAUAAAAUGCAUAUAAUAGUGUAAUGACAAAAAUAUAUAUAUAUAUGUGUAAUGACAUUCAGCAUUCGUCAUUAGGCACACUUGCAGCCUGAAUUGAUUGAUGCAUCCACUGUGAUCUGCGAGCGUCACGGUCCAGUCAACUCUGCCAUGGCAAAAUGUUAGUGCUCAGGUUAGAUGAGUAUAUUAGUAAAACAUUUAGUGUUCAUGUCGAACCACACCCCAUUUUGGAGCAUAUACCACCCAUUUUUAAGUAAAUCUGUUAAUGUUUUGCAUGUGGUUGACAGGCAGUAAUGACACAUUGUGGUGUAAUAGCCUAGUUUUCUUGCCAUCUUUGUUUUAAUUGUGAUAGGCACAUGUUUUACCCCCACCAUUUAUUUUGCCAGUACUCCGAACCAGCUUACUUUCACCCCUAAUUUAGAUAUGUUUCUGCUUAUAAUUUCCGACAUUUGUUAGACUAUUUGUUUGUCAACUUGUUAAUACGUAGUAGAUACAUUCAGCUUCUCUUCUGUAAUUACUUGUUGCCCUUGAAGACUAAAUAAAGCAGAAAGCCAUUAAUCGAUAGAAUGAAUGCAUCAACAAUAAUCUAGUAGUUGACAUCAGUAAAGUUCUUUCAUUUCUGCUCGCAGAGCGAGGAUGUGUAGAGACCGGGGAGAAAAUGCAAUAGCCUAAAACAGCAGACAUAUUUCCCUGGCAAAAUGUCCAACUAACAUCCAUUUCAAAGGUUAAGGAAAUAAAAGCUGUGAAAACAA